AUGACCAACACAUCAACUACAACCACAACUACAUUUCAUUGUAUCUUCAAAUCUACAUAUAUCAGACAAUUGAUAUUCAAUCAUGUAGGUGACAUAUCAAAUCGAUUGUAUCAAAAAGAUGAUAAAUAUGAUUGUAGUAGUAGUAGUAACGACAGAGAUCAGGUCCAAAUCAAAAGAAGAAAAAGAGUGAUCACUCAAUACUGUCUUCAUCCCAAUGCAACAUUGGAUACACUCAAUCAUCUAUUGGAAUGGUGUCAAGAUGACAUUGAUUGGGUGUACUUGACAGGAAAUAUCAAUGUACUAAGAAAUCAAGAGAUAUUGGAGUAUCUAAUCAAUAGAUGUCAAGUCGAUGAGGACAAAGAUCAUUUUCUCAUCAGUGCAAUGAAGGUGGCUUGCACAAAUGGUUUUCUUUCAUCAGUCAAGUUGAUCAAGAAAAGUAUUGUAAAGAGUUACUACCAAGCAAUUGUCAUUGCUUCUAGUAGGGGGUUCAUUGACAUUGUAAAGUAUUUACAUGAGAAUAGAACUGAAGGUGGAGGAGGCACAAAAGAAGCGAUAGAUGAAGCUGCAAGACAUGGCCAUUUAGAUAUUGUAAAGGUAAGUAGUAUAACUGAAGGUGCAACAAAAUGGGCUAUGGAUGGUGCCGCAAAGAAAGGUUAUUUAGAGAUUGCUCAAUUCCUACAUGAACAUCGUCAAGAAGGAUGCACUGAGUAUACUCUUGAUCUAGCAGCUAAAAAAGGAUACAUUGAUAUCGUAAAGUAUCUUCAUUUCAACAGAACAGAGGGUGCAACUACUAAUGCUAUGGAUUGGGCUGCUAAUAAUGGAUUCAUUGACAUUGUAAGGUUUCUACAUUUCAAUAGAACAGAGGGUGCAACUACUAAUGCUAUGGAUAAGGCUGCUGAAAAUAAUCACUUGGAUAUCGUCAAGUUCCUUCACGAACAUAGAACAGAAGGUGCAACAAUUGAUGCCAUCAAUGAAGCAUCAAUGAACGGUCACUUUGAAAUUGUUAGAUACCUUUCCGAGCAUCGUAGUGAAGGUGCGACAUACGCAGCUAUGGAUCGUGCCGCUGAAUAUGGUUUCAUUGAAAUAUUAAAGUAUCUUCAUUUCAACAGAACUGAAGGUGCAUCAACUAAUGCUAUGGAUGGAGCAGCUGGAAAUGGUCACAUUGAUGUUGUACAGUACCUUUCUGAGCAUCGUAGUGAAGGUGCAUCAAUCUAUGGUAUGGAUAUGACAGCUAUAGGUGGUCACAUGAAUGUGAUAGAAUAUCUUCAUUUCAACAGGACUGAGGGUUGCUCAACUGAUGCUCUCGAUUGGGCUGCUAGAUAUGGCCGUAUGGAUGUCGUAAAGUUCCUUUCCGAGCAUCGUAGUGAAGGUGCAACUACCGACGCUUUGGAUUGGGCUGCUCGUAAUGGUCACAUUGAAAUUGUUAAAUACCUUUCCGAACAUCGUACUGAAGGUGCAACUACCCAAGCUAUGGAUUGGGCAACCAAAUUUAAUCAAAUCGAAAUUGUCCAAUAUUUACACUUUAAUCGAAGUGAAGGGUGUACUCAAGCAGCUAUUCAGUCUGCUUGCAUCAAUGGAUCACUCGAGUUAGUAUCAUUUCUAAUCAAUGUCAGAAGUGAGCAAUGCAAUGAAGAUAUACUACAAACUGCAUCAACCAAAGGACACUAUGAUAUUGUCAAGUUGAUACUCCCACAAUUUGUUGGUACCACUGGAAUAGAAUCAAUUAAAAGAGUUAUAAAUCGAAUGAAAGAAAUACACGACCAUUUUGAAGUCACUCAACUACUCGAGAAUCAUUUACAAAUUUAA